AAAUACAAAACUUUUUUUAAAAAACCCUAAUCUAAUGUACAUACUACAUACAGCUAGCCGCACAUAUCCAUUCUCAACUCUCAAGUCCUCCUAACAGUCUCUCUCCUUCUUUAGUUCCUCACACUCUCUACUCACCACCAAAUAUUCCAUUUUUACCGGCAACUUCUCACCAGAACGUCUCACACUCCUCUUGGGCGAGGCGGCGACUCCUCUUACGCGAUUAAGUUCAUUAAUUUCAUGAAUUUUUGAAGGGAAAAUGGCAUCACAGAUCACUUAUUUAACUUAAUCAUAUCAAUAGUUCAUGUAUUUCAUAGUUGGUGGAAAACUCUCCAUAUCUAUGUUUCCCAUUGAAGCGCACUCCACCUUCGCCAUUGAGGCGCCUUCUGAUAUUGCAAUCCUUCAUUGAAGCAGCUUCCGAGGAUACCCGGGAAGUCAAUCCUGGGAACUCUGGUGAAGCAUGAGUAAUUCCUUGAGUUUCGAACCGUUUAACAGGUUGGUGAAGCUUACGGCCCGAGCAUUUUAUGAUGACAUCUCAACAAAAGGCGAUAAUCAACCCAAGACGAGCCGUAGUGAUAAUCGGGGGACUGCGGUGGUUAUUCUUGAUGCACUCACUAGGCGUCAGUGGGUGAGAGAGGAAGAUCUUGCCAAAGAUUUAAAACUUCAUUUGAAGCAACUUCGUCGAACAUUGCGGUUCUUCGAGGAAGAAAAGCUGGUUAUGCGUGAUCAUAGAAAAGAGACAGCAAAAGCGGUAAAAUUGCAUAAUGCAGCACUUUCAGCCACAGUUAAUCACCAUCAUGGAAGAGAGGGUGAAGACAAGAUUAAGCUGCACACUCACUCAUACUGUUGUUUAGAUUAUGCACAGAUUUAUGAUGUUGUGAGGUACAGAAUGCAUCGUAUGAAGAAAAAAUUGAAGGACGAAUUGGAUAGCAAGAACACAAUCCAGGAAUAUAUAUGUCCCACCUGUAAUAAAAGAUAUACGGCUCUUGAUGCAGCAAGGCUUAUUUCUGAAGAUGGUGAAAGUUUUCUUUGUGAAAGUUGUCAAGGGGUACUUGUUGCAGAAAGUGACAAGUUAGCUGCUCAGGAAGUAGGAGAUGCUGAUGAAAAUGUGAGGCGGCGCCGCCGUGAAAAGCUGAAAGAGAUGCUUCAGAAAAUGGAGGAGCAACUCAAGCCGUUAGUUGAGCAACUCAAUAGAGUCAAAGAUCUAGCAGUUCCCGAUUUUGGAACUCUACAGGCCUGGGAAGUAAGGGCUAGUGCUGCUGCUCGUGCAGCUGGUGGGGAUAAUCCCAAUGAUCCCUCUAGGUCAUAUCAAGGUGGAACACCAAUGCCUUUUCUUGGUGACCCUAAGAUUCAUGUUGCAAUCAGUGGUGUGGAAGAUAAGGAAGACUCUAAAUCUGGUACUGGAAAUGCACCCAUGAAAGUUCUGCCUCCUUGGAUGAUCAGACAAGGUAUGAAAUUAACAAAGGAACAACGUGGUGAGGGGGAAGAGGAACCUAAGCCUGAUGUCACUUCAGAGCCCUCUGAUUUAUCAGAUGACAAAAAGUCAACUGUUGUCAAGGAUGAAAAAACCAUCCAGGAUGAGUAUUUUAAAGCAUAUUAUGCCGCUAUCUUGGAACGACAACGGGAACAAGAUGCCAAGGGGCAGCAGGAUGUAUCUAAUGGAGAUGUUACAGGUCAAAGUACAUCUUCAGAUCGUCAAGUUGGCAUGAAAUCAAAACGUGAGGACGAAAGCGAAGAUGAGGAUGUGUGGGAAGAAGCUACUCCUUCAGCAGGGAACACAGGAGAAAGCUUUACGGUCGACUUGAAUGUUCAAGCUGAACCUCUACCAGAGGAAGAGGAUAACGAUGAUGGUGAUGUUGAAUGGGAAGAUGGUUGAUUCUUGGAUUCGUGAAACCCAAUUGUUGGAGAAUGGUGAUUGUACGAUGACGAUGAUGUUGAAUGUGAAGAUAGUUGAUUCUUGAAUUCGUGAAAUCCAAUUUGAUAUGGGAGUUUUGUUAGAGAAUGGUGAUUGUUAUUGUAGUGAAAACUAGCUGCAAACACUCCUUGCACUGUUACAAGUCCCAAGUUCUUAACAUCAAACAGUGCUUAUUACGGAGUAUUAUUAUUAUUACUCCACCUAUAUUCUAUAUCCAAAUGUUUGUGCCAUGUAUCAUUACAUUUUCUGUAAAAUUGUAAUUAAAUUAUGUCAGGCUACGUAUUAUAAAAUUUCUACAAAAUUCAUAUUUGAAAA